AUGGUGGUGUUGAAUCCAAACAAUUGGCAUUGGGUCGGUAAGAACACUUUGCCCUGGACUAGGGAAUAUUUUGAGCGUACUCUUGCGGAUCUAGAAGUAGUUUCGGCGGAUGGGAAGCACCGGGUUGUGCUAACAGAAGUUACCGAAGUUUCGGGGGAUUCGAAUGUGUCGCAGAGGAAGGGAAAACCCAUUUGCUAUUUCGAUUUACUAUUGUCGAUGAGCGUUAAAGUUCUAGAGGGGGAAACUGGGGAAGAAUUGACUGUCGGAGUACUCAAUAUACCUGAGUUUAUGCAUGAUGAGACAGAUUUCGAGACACAGUACCGGGAUUUCAAAGAGUUUGAACCACUUGUGAGACAACAAUUCUAUCCCAAGGUGCAUGAGAUUUUAUUGCAAUACCAGCCCACUUUGAUCGAAGAACAUUCGAGAGAUUUGCAAGAUUGA